AUGAGCAAUGCGCUCUGGGUCGCAUGGCGGAUCCCAUGCUCGGGGCUCCGACCUUCCGUGUUGGGCCCAGUGAUGCUCAGCCAUGCUGGUCGUGAUCUCCGCUUGACGCCCUGGAAAUUGCACAGCAGCCCAUUCAAACGCCCAUUCAGCUCCCUACGCCCUCCAUCUCUACCUGAACACCGACCCAGCACCCUCACGUUCUUCCCUCGGAGUUUCACACCUGCUCCGAUUCUACGGAGGCUCAAGAGGACCACAGCUUCCGCGCAGCCCAACCUCAAAGUCCCCGAGACCCUACCUGGCGAAAAGCCGCGUUCUGAUGCGCAGAUCAAGAGGAUAUUUGGCUCGAAAACCCUCUCGGCAAAAGUGGGCAACCGCACUCUGGCAGUGCUGCAAGCUCGCCGGGUAGACGGUACCCUCGACCUCGAUCUCCCUUCGGACAUUACCCGCGCCGUGCCUCAGUUACAGCUCGACACUGCGUUGGAGUGGCUGCGAGCCAACUAUCCAAUUGACGAAGAUGCUGCAAUCUUAGCACGCAUUGAACGAGAGGAGUACGAGGAGGAACAAAAGCUCGUGCGACGGGCGGAAGCGCUGGGUCUGUACAAGCCCCAGAGUGGUUCCUAUGAGGCGGAGCUUGGUGAAGACCAGUCCGUCUACGGAAAGAGUGUCCUCAAAGAGGCGCGGGAGAAGAACGAGAAACGACUUCUGGCGGAGAAGGAGCGCAAACGCCAGCAAUGGUUGGAAGGCGAAAAUGAGGAACUGGAAAAAUUGAAACGCCAGGUUGAGGGGAAUACAGCCCUGCAACAGUACCAAGAAGCGGCGCUUACUGAAGCUCGACCCCGUGCCGACCCCAAUGAGCGUCCCUUCCUUGCUUGGGUCCAGAAACACCACAUCGCAGGAACUCUUAACCAGGCGGAGGCUGUGAAUGUUACCACUUCUCAACGCCUUCUAGCACCUCUGAUAUUCACAAUUGUGACCGUCGGCCUCUGCUAUGUCUUUUCCCAACAGUACGAGGCCCCUGCGCGCCAGGAUCGCUUGUGGCCAGAUGUGCCUCCAGCCGCCGCAACAGUGGGAGCAAUUAUUGGGGCCAAUCUUGCCAUUACUUUCAUGUGGAAGUACAUCCCGCCGUCGUGGAGGUUGCUCAAUCGCUUUUUCGUCAUUGUACCGUUCUACCCGAGUGCCCUCAGUAUGCUCGGGAGCGCCUUCAGCCACCAGACUUGGAGACACCUAGCCACAAAUAUGAUGGUUCUCGGUCUCAUGGGGACCAGAGUUCAUGAUGAACUUGGCCGUGGAAACUUCCUGGCGAUUUACCUGGCCUCCGGAGCGGUUGGCUCGAUGGUGUCGUUGUCCCGCAGUGUCAUCCUUGGUUAUCUCGGUAUGACCUCUCUUGGGGCCAGUGCUGCCACCAGCGGCAUCGUUGCCGCAUGGUGCAUGUAUCACUUCGAUGACAAAAUCACCAUGUGGAUUCUGCCACGUGAGCUUCGUGAGACUAUGUGGACCCAGGGCUGGAUCUUCCUCGCCUGUCUGAUCGCCACUGAGGUGUUCAGCAUGGUGACACCCGCACGCUUCUUGCAGGUGUUUCCCUUGUCUCGACUGACCAAGAUGGACCAUGCAGCUCACUUGGGUGGUUACUUUACCGGUGCUGGGUGUGGAUAUGCUCUGGCGCAGAGACGGAGGGCCCAGGAGCGAGAGCGGAGAGCCCGUGAUUCGAAGUGGCUUGAGAACCUUGUUCGGUAG